ACGCCGCGCGUGAGAGGAAGGUAUAAAGGGGAGCGAGAGGGCGGGACCGAAGAGGAAAGGGAAAAAAAAAACCUAGGGGGAGAGGGGUGGGGGGGACGCGCGAAGGGCGCGCUCUCGCAUCACGUGACCGGGACGCGCUGUUCUUCCGUCGGCCAUUUUAGGUGGUCCGCGGCGGCGCCAUUAAAGCGAGGAGGAGGCAAGAGCGGCCGCCGCUGGUGCUUAUUCUUUUUUAGUGCAGCGGGAGAGAGCGGGAGUGUGCGCCGCGCGAGAGUGGGAGGCGAAGGGGGCAGGCCAGGGAGAGGCGCAGGAGCCUUUGCAGCCACGCGCGCGCCUUCCCUGUCUUGUGUGCUUCGCGAGGUAGAGCGGGCGCGCGGCAGCGGCGGGGAUUACUUUGCUGCUAGUUUCGGUUCGCGGCAGCGGCGGAGACACUAGCACUAUGUCGGAGGAGCAGUUCGGCGGGGACGGGGCGGCAGCGGCGGCAACGGCGGCGGUAGGCGGCUCGGCGGGCGAGCAGGAGGGAGCCAUGGUGGCAGCGACACAGGGGGCAGCGGCGGCGGCGGGAAGCGGAGCCGGGACCGGGGGCGGAACCGCGUCUGGAGGCACCGAAGGGGGCAGCGCCGAGUCGGAGGGGGCGAAGAUUGACGCCAGUAAGAACGAGGAGGAUGAAGGCCAUUCAAACUCCUCCCCACGACACUCUGAAGCAGCGACGGCACAGCGGGAAGAAUGGAAAAUGUUUAUAGGAGGCCUUAGCUGGGACACUACAAAGAAAGAUCUGAAGGACUACUUUUCCAAAUUUGGUGAAGUUGUAGACUGCACUCUGAAGUUAGAUCCUAUCACAGGGCGAUCAAGGGGUUUUGGCUUUGUGCUAUUUAAAGAAUCGGAGAGUGUAGAUAAGGUCAUGGAUCAAAAAGAACAUAAAUUGAAUGGGAAGGUGAUUGAUCCUAAAAGGGCCAAAGCCAUGAAAACAAAAGAGCCGGUUAAAAAAAUUUUUGUUGGUGGCCUUUCUCCAGAUACACCUGAAGAGAAAAUAAGAGAGUACUUUGGUGGUUUUGGUGAGGUGGAAUCCAUAGAGCUCCCCAUGGACAACAAGACCAAUAAGAGGCGUGGAUUCUGCUUUAUUACUUUUAAGGAAGAAGAACCAGUGAAGAAGAUAAUGGAAAAGAAAUACCACAAUGUUGGUCUUAGUAAAUGUGAAAUAAAAGUAGCCAUGUCGAAGGAACAAUAUCAGCAACAGCAACAGUGGGGAUCUAGAGGAGGAUUUGCAGGAAGAGCUCGUGGAAGAGGUGGUGGCCCCAGUCAAAACUGGAACCAGGGAUAUAGUAACUAUUGGAAUCAAGGCUAUGGCAACUAUGGAUAUAACAGCCAAGGUUACGGUGGUUAUGGAGGAUAUGACUACACUGGUUACAACAACUACUAUGGAUAUGGUGAUUAUAGCAACCAGCAGAGUGGUUAUGGGAAGGUAUCCAGGCGAGGUGGUCAUCAAAAUAGCUACAAACCAUACUAAAUUAUUCCAUUUGCAACUUAUCCCCAACAGGUGGUGAAGCAGUAUUUUCCAAUUUGAAGAUUCAUUUGAAGGUGGCUCCUGCCACCUGCUAAUAGCAGUUCAAACUAAAUUUUUUGUAUCAAGUCCCUGAAUGGAAGUAUGACGUUGGGUCCCUCUGAAGUUUAAUUCUGAGUUCUCAUUAAAAGAAAUUUGCUUUCAUUGUUUUAUUUCUUAAUUGCUAUGCUUCAGAAUCAAUUUGUGUUUUAUGCCCUUUCCCCCAGUAUUGUAGAGCAAGUCUUGUGUUAAAAGCCCAGUGUGACAGUGUCAUGAUGUAGUAGUGUCUUACUGGUUUUUUAAUAAAUCCUUUUGUAUAAAAAUGUAUUGGCUCUUUUAUCAUCAGAAUAGGAAAAAUUGUUUGUCAUGGAUUCAGGUUAUUAAAAGCAUAAGUUUGGAAAACAGCCUUGCCGAAAUUGAAGACAUGAUUAAAAUUGCAGUGAAGUUUGAAAUGUUUUUAGCAAAAUCUAAUUUUUGCCAUAAUGUGUCCUCCCUGUCCAAAUUGGGAAUGACUUAAUGUCAAUUUGUUUGUUGGUUGUUUUAAUAAUACUUCCUUAUGUAGCCAUUAAGAUAUUUAUAUGAAUAUUUUCCCAAAUGCCCAGUUUUUGCUUAGUAUGUAUUGUGCUUUUUAGAACAAAUCUGGAUAAAUGUGCAAAAGUACCCCUUUGCACAGAUAAUGUUUUAUGCUUCCAUUGAAUAAAAAGGAUUUAAAAUCUGUUAAUUAUAAUAGAAAUGCAGCUAGUUCAGAGAGAUUUUUAGAGCUGUGGUGGACUUCAUAGAUGAAUUCAAGUGUCGAGGGAGGAUUAAAGAAAUAUAUACCGUGUUUA